CUGAACAGAAGAUGCAGAACUUGGGAAGACAAAAACAAACAAAGAAAAUAAAAGAUUCUUCCGUCUAAACCAAAAGAAAGAGAAUAGAAAGACGGUUCUAAGAUCCAGACCGAAGAACGACAAGCCAAAAGCGUACGUACUCGUGGCUCUCUAAUCCGCAUUGCCAAAAGAAAAAAGAAGAAGCUUUCAAAAGUGUAGAUUGAUCGAGCCAUGCAUAGAAGAGAGGAGGAGGCAUCAGUGCAGGCCUCGUCGGUGCAGGGGGGCAGCAGCAGCAGCACGCGCCCGGCCGAUGCUCCGGCCGAGCGCGCGUUCCCGAUACGGUCACACGGCGCCGGCGUGGCGAGGUCGCACGCCUACGACUGGGUCGCGCUGCUCCUCCUGGUCGCCGUCGACGGCCUCCUCAACGUCAUCGAGCCCUUCCACCGGUUCGUCGGCGCCGGCAUGAUGACCGACCUCCGGUACCCCAUGAAGAGCAACACCGUCCCCCUCUGGGCCGUCCCGAUCGUCGCUGUCAUUGGGCCCGUGAUUAUCUUCACCGCCGUCUACAUCAGGAAGAGGAACGUCUACGAUCUGCACCAUGCUGUGCUAGGCAUUCUGUUCUCGGUGCUGAUUACCGGCGUCAUCACCGACGCGAUCAAGGACGCCGUCGGCCGGCCGCGGCCGAACUUCUUCUGGCGCUGCUUCCCCGACGGAAAAGGGGUGUUCGACAAAGUCACCACGGGUGCCAUCUGCCACGGCGACCCGAGCGUGAUCAAGGAAGGGCACAAGAGCUUCCCGAGCGGGCACACGUCAUGGUCUUUCGCCGGUCUGGGGUUCCUGUCGUGGUACCUCGCCGGGAAGAUCGCCGUGUUCGACCGGCGCGGGCACGUCGCCAAGCUCUGCGUCGUCCUCGCGCCUCUGCUCGUCGCGGCGAUGGUCGCCAUCUCGAGGGUGGACGACUACUGGCACCACUGGCAAGACGUGUUCACGGGGGCCAUCCUUGGGAUGACGAUUGCCUCUGUUUGCUAUCUUCAGUUCUUCCCAGCUCCAUCACAUAAGGAAGGGUUCUGGCCUCACGCGCACCCCGGCAACAUCUCGGAGAGGAGGAAAAACAGCGAGAGCCAGGUGCAAGGCACCAGAGAACCACUGGACGCAAUGGAGACCGGCAGGGGAGGCCAAUGAACGAUGAUGAUCUGCAACACCAAUCAUGCAUAUGCAUAAGGCCGUAGUGGGCAGCAGCUGCUCCACGAGGCACAAAAAUGUGAUCAUCGUUAGUUUUGUGAAUACUUGGCGUUCGUCGGUGGCACAGGCUAAAAUGGACGGUGUGUUUUUUCAUGCGUCCCACAACACAAAUGUAUGGUGUACAUAUUUAUCGUUUCCGCUUAGCCUGUAUGUAUUUUGUUCUCACUGUGUAAAAAUAAAUCCUGUUCUGUUCGCACCUAUCUUUCGACUUUUGUUUAUGUUUAGA